ACUCUGGAUUCUUGCCAGCUUGCUGAACAACUGGGUCUGCUGUUUGAGAACUUUAAAAAACAAUCCAGGCAGUUAUGUGAUUAUUUCCUCUCCUUCCAGUUACAGGCAGGCGGCCCCUCUCCUCUCUCCCUUUCUGUGGCAGAGUGCUGCACUAUAUCCAUCCACAGAAUUCUGCUGAUCGGAGAGCCUGAAUCUCCUUGACUUUAUUACUGGGAGUGAAUUUUAUACCUAACAUCAACAUGCGUAUUCUUCUUGCUGCUGCUUUAUUAUUGCUGGGAUUAUUGGCUGGCAGUUUUACAGUUGCAGAUCCUGUCAGUAUCCUCCAUGGACCCGCACAAAGGGGAGACUGGUGUAGUGAGCACAGACUGCUUCACAGACGUAUAGAUAUAAUAGAGGAGCGAGUAGAGAAAACAGUGGAGUAUCUUCAUUCAGAGAUUGCUUCACUGCUGGACUCUAUAUCAGGGGCGUCAUGGGCUCUUCCUUCUGCUCCUGGAUCUCCUCUCUUGGAUAUAUUUGAUGAAGAUUCAAGAUGAAGACUUUUCUCUUUUUCUAUCCCUGUUUUCCUCUGUUCACACAUUUAAUUGACUUUGUGAUUAAGCACUUUUGGAGAACAGAUAUAUUUUAAUAAACAAUGUCUGGUUCUGAUACUCUUAAAGCAUAAA